GCAGAUGAAAGACGGUUCACGACAAAAAAUAACGCUACCCUGGGCAGAAGAGUUCAGCAUCGAGACAAUAUGUGAUUCCUUCCCAGUUGUAACUGAUGGGUCUCUAAUUCACUGGUCAUUCCUUCUCGUGUUAUUAGUAACAGCAGUCUACUUGUUCUCAUUUGGAUAUCGCUUCUACAGAUUCUCGUCCUUUCUUAUAGCCGGAUUGCUAGGAGCUGUUUUCAGCUACCUUCUCUGCGCUUCAGAAAACAUUCUAGAGCCUUACAUUAAUGCUGCAAUUGCAAUAGUUUGCGGUCUUCUUUGUGCUGUUAUUGCUUCACUUCACUCCAAGCUUGGCUUUUUCCUAACGGGAUUUUGCGUGGGGUCAAUAACUGGUGCAUAUUGCGUGGUUGCGGUGGCAUUGCUAGCCUCGUUCAAAGCACUGUGGUUUGGCCUGACAGUGUGUUUUAUGUGCGGCAUCUUUGUGGCUCUUCUGUCCUUGUUGAGACAAAAGUUGUUUUCGAUCGCCAAUACGAGUUUCGUGGCUGGUUUUCUGGUAUUUGUCAUCGCCGAUUACAUGCUGGAACAGCUGGUAUUGGCGCAUUACGGUUGGGUCAUCCUGAUACAAGCCCAGUCCCCGGCUGUGUGUGCCUACAGCUGGGUCUCCCUCUGUGUCUGGCCAAUCGUGUUGGUCAUCGGAAUAAUCGUGCAGUACGGCAAAACAGCACGUUACUUCGAUCACCUCGAGGACAAGAAGGCAUUCGACGACAAUGGGGACAACGACACUCCGAAGAAGAGCUUGAAUGGCACUCUUAGAAAUGGAAAGUCCAUCACGCCAGAGGGAUCCAGUGCUAAGAGUGGGAAAGCCACUCUGCGACAGUACAGUGGAACUCGUUACACUGGCGACAUCGUUCCCAAAAAUUUGACUGGAAAUAACGCGCUGCCAACGACUAUGCGAACAGCUGCUCGGAUGAGAGCGAUGGCGCAGAAUGCGGGCACUUUGGCGGCUGGCUUCCCCGCCGGAAUGGAGUUGGGGCCGGAGUACCAGGUGAUGGGGAGCACUGUGUACUACGGGGACAACUACUCGGACUAUGGGGGAGCCAUGGGCCCGGCAAGACCUGCGGGGGGUCCCAUGAACAGCACCAUGCCAGGAGGCCCUCCAGGUCCUCAACGAGGUCGAAGGCGAGCGGCAGGAGCCAAGCGUCCAGGCACCAAUGACUCAUCGCUUUAUGAAGACGUGAAUGACGAAGACCAGUACUGUGCAAUCGACUACGAUCAGAUCAAGAACUACGAGUACGGAUACGCUCAAUACGGACCCGCUCAAUACGGACCGGCAUACAUGGGGCCUCAGACCAGUUCUGGCCUGGACGCACAGCAGCUGGUGAUGCUACAGCAGCAGCAGAUUUACAGACAGCAGCAGUCUAGAACGAGCACUCUGGGAAGCAUGCGCGGAGGAGACGGAGGAGGCAUGUACCACAGGAUUCCCAACAGUCCCUCGGGAGGAGGAGCAUACCAGGCACCCGUCGCCACUUCUCAAAAGGACGCGGCCAUGACUUCUAACGAUGCGAUCCAGAUGGACAACAUGAAACAAAACGUCGCUGGGGGUUCCAUGGCAAACGGGGGAGCCAAUGGAUUCCCACCCACACGAAGUCCCCCUUCGAUGCAAAGGGGUCCCACUAGAGCUCCGCCCCCUCCCCCCAAUGGUCUAGCAAGUGGGCCGCCGAACAAUGACGACGACUACAUGGAACCAGUACUGUCAUCUAGCACGUCCAAAGUUUAAUGUGCACGUCGUCAAUGCAAUGGUAUGAAGAAAUAUUGGCUGCUGCCUCUCAAAUCUAUCCAUCAAUUGAUGACAGGCCUCUAGUUGAGGUCUAUGUUUAAAAUAUAUUUUGUCAUGCAGCAUGAAACUGGUCUUUUCUACCGUUCUGAAACGUACGUUCAAAAUCAAAGGUGCUCAGAAUAAUCUCCUAAGCGCUAGCCUGAUAAUUAAUUUCUAAGUCUGCUGCUGUCGUAGUUAGUGCUUAUUUCUAUUAAACCACGGUAGUUGUCGUUUUUCUAUCCUUUGUAAAACUCAAACAGACGUUUAAUUAAUUCGUUCCAUUUUGUAAUUUUCACAUAUUUAUUGAUGAAUUUGUAAAAUUCAUGGAGAACUUAUUCAUGUAUCAUUCAAAGUCGCGCUUCUUUCCCUCAAUUUAGAAAUUUUGGCUUGAUCCUAAUUUGCAAUUGGCGCGUUUUGAAAGAACAUUAAAUUGGUAGUAAUUGAAUUACAAUAUAAAUGUAAUAAAUUUGUGUCGUUUUCAAGUGUUAGAUAGCCGUUUUCUCUGUUAAAUGUUAUCAAAACAAGGAUUUAAUCCUUCAAAUUGAAGUUGUUUUCUUACUGCCCAAUCCCCCGUUAGUUGGAACUCGUUCUUUUCGCUUCUGACAAUCUGAAAUGUUUCUAAAUUCUAUGUCUACCCUGAGCUUUGCCUGCCUGCCUGCAUGGCUUUGAGGCCGUUAAGAGGCUUUCUGAAGUGAAGUGAGGACAACAGCCUGAAUAGAUUGACCCAUUUCUUUUUGGGGAAUGAGAGAAGACGCCAUAUGUUUAUCUGCCUUUCGCCCAACUCAACUGAACUCAACAGCCUGGGCUUCCCUUUUAAGCUUAGCACUUAACGGUCUGAUUGUGCAAUGAUUCAUAAAUACUCCAAAAAUCAGGAAAUACUUUUCUUUACAAUUUCAUAUGGGUUUGUAUCGCGUAUUAAUAAGAACAAUCAAAAACGGUCCAAGUAUGUACAUCAGAAUUUGGGUUCUACGAGUUUACGGGAGGUAUUUUAACUGCAAUUUAUGCUCUAGAUUGACCGUUAAACCUAAAUUUCAUCAUUUCAUCUUUGAACUGAAGCCUUUGAGUACAGAGACAAAUUGAGUGAUAUGAAAUGAAAACAGUUGAAGUGAAGAUUUGGUGAAACUUGAAAUUUCAUUUGACUUAAAGUAGGAAAUUAAGCUAAAGUUGUUGAUGAACCCAUAUGGAACAUGUAUUCAAUAUGAAUUGCGUAAAAGGUGCUGUUAGUUUUUUCUCGAUCGAAGAGAAGAAAGAUAUGGAAAGAUAGAUGAAAUGGAUCUUGUCAACAUCCCACUUUGGUAAACUGUACCGAAUGAAUAUCCACCCUUGUAAGAAAUUAGGCCAACGGUUAAGCAUACACUAAAAAUGUAAACCAUUGCCCCGGCAAUGGAGCAUAGUUAACAAGGUCCGGAAACUUCAUCCAAGUUUUAUUAUAGUUUCUAUUUUGUUCAACAGCUUUGCAGGUGCUCCAAUUUUUAUUUCUGAUAGCGCCUUUUGUAUUGAAGUCAAUUAGGUGUCUGAAAAAAAAACCUGAUUGCUUCUCUAAAAUAUUGGACUAGGAGUUUACAUGAAUACACAACUGUUGCUGUUUCUCUUGCAGAUUGGCACAAUGCUAGAGCUGAACUACUAUCCAUAAUCCAUCCAUAUAUCCACCCGGUUAAUCACCGCAUACUGUUUAUAUGGUGCAAAUUGAAGUGUGGCGAAUAAAUCAUUAUUUUUGUAUAAACAAUGUACUUAAUGAAUUUGCAUGUCAAAUGUAGUAUGUUAAAUUGGGCCAAAAAUGAAGCGAUGGCUGAAGUUGAGCCUGUGCAAUAUCAUAGGUUUUACACUUAUUCUUAUUGUAUGAUAUGGUACAUUACAUUACACCACAAACUACCUUUACCUUUAGCAUAACACCACUGUGAGCAUUAGAGUUUAUAAUAUAAGUGAAAAUGCAGAUUCAAUAGAUCUCAAUUUACAUGCCCGUCUUUUUAUUAAUUAAUACACAAUAAUUUAUAUUUCAAA